UGCAGAGAUUUGUUACAUUAUCUUUUGUAUAAAUAACGCUAUAUAGUUAGCCGAUUGCAUUUUACAUAUCUAGGGUUUUCACCACACAUCUUAUCAUCAAGUCUCCUUACUUUUCACAAUGGCAGAAGCAGAGAAGAAGAUCCUCACAGAGGAGGAGCUCGAGCGUAAGAAGAGGAAGGAUGAAAAGGCUAGAGAAAAGGAGUUGAAAAAGCUCAAAGCUGAAGAGAAGUCGAAGCUAGCUGAACUGAAGGCAAAAGAGGUUAAAGAUGUCCCUAAGAAGAGCACAAAGAAGAGUUCCAAAAGGGAUGCACCUGAAGAGAAUCCUGAGGAUUUUGUGGACCCUGAGAUUCCUGUGGGUGAGAGGAAGAGGCUCUCUUUACAGAUGGCUAAGCAGUACAGUCCUGCUUCCGUGGAGAGAGCAUGGUAUGCUUGGUGGGAGAGAGCUGGUUUUUUUGUGGCGGAUGCUAAGAGUUCCAAGCCAGCAUUUGUUAUUGUUCUUCCUCCUCCAAAUGUGACUGGAGUCUUGCAUAUUGGCCAUGCCUUGACAACUGCAAUUCAGGAUUUGAUUAUUCGUUGGAAGAGAAUGUCUGGGUUUAAUGUACUGUGGGUGCCAGGGAUGGACCAUGCUGGUAUAGCUACACAGACUGUGGUUGAGAAAGAGCUCCAGCGUACAGGAUUGACUAGGCAUGACCUUGGCCGUGAAGAAUACAUAAAGGAAGUGUGGAAGUGGAAGGAAGAAAAUGGUAGCAAGAUAUUAAUACAGCUACGGCGUCUAGGAGCUUCUCUUGAUUGGUCUCGUGAGUGUUUUACAAUGGACGAGCAAAGAUCAAAAGCUGUCACUGAGGCCUUUGUACGGUUUUACAAGGAAGGCCUUAUCUACAGGGAUAUUAGGCUUGUUCAUUGGGAUUGUCAUCUGAAAACAGCUGUAUCUGACGAUGAGGUUGAGCAUAUUGAUAUCAAAGAGAAAACGCUACUAAAAGUGCCUGGCUAUGACAAGCCAGUAGAGUUUGGUCUCAUUACUUCAUUUGCCUACCCUCUGGAGGGAGGCUUGGGCGAGGUUGUUGUCGCCACUACAAGGGUGGAAACAAUGCUUGGAGAUACUGCCAUUGCGAUUCAUCCUGAUGAUGCAAGAUACACCCAUCUUCAUGGGAAAGUCGCUGUGCACCCAUUUAAUGGACGUAAGCUAUCAAUCAUUUGCGAUGGAGAACUUGUUGAUCCAGGGUUUGGUACUGGUUGUGUUAAGAUUACUCCUGCCCAUGACCCCGAUGAUUUUAAGCUCGGAAAGCGUCACAAUCUUGAGUUUAUUAACAUAUUCACUGAUGAUGGAAAAAUCAACACAAACGGCGGACCUGAGUUCACAGGGAUGCCACGCUUUGCAGCACGUGAGGCAAUUGUUGAAGCUUUGAAAAACCAGGGACUGUUCAGAGGUGCCCAAAACAAGGAGAUGAGGCUUGGUCUUUGCCAAAGAACCAGUGAUGUUAUUGAGCCUAUGAUUAAGCCUCAGUGGUACGUCAACUGCAGCACGAUUGCAAAGGAGGCUCUCGAUGUUGCCACCAGUGAUGAAAACAAGAAGCUAGAAUUUAUACCAAAGCAGUACACUGCAGAAUGGAGAAGAUGGCUAGAGAACAUACGUGACUGGUGUAUCUCAAGACAGCUUUGGUGGGGCCACAGGAUACCAGCAUGGUACGCCACUCUCGAGGAAGAUCAGCUCAGGGAGAUUGGUGCAUACAACGACCACUGGGUUGUUGCUAGAACCGAGGAAGAAGCUAGAAAAGAGGCUGCUGAAAAGUUCUCUGGGAAGAAGUUUGAUCUAGCACAAGAUGAUGACGUGCUUGACACGUGGUUUUCUUCUGGGAUCUUUCCGUUGUCUGCUCUGGGAUGGCCUGAUGAAACCGACGACUUCAAAGCCUUUUACCCAACAUCUGUCCUGGAAACUGGACAUGAUAUUCUCUUCUUUUGGGUCGCUCGUAUGGUUAUGAUGGGAAUGAAACUAAGUGGCGACGUUCCCUUCAGCAAGGUGUAUUUGCAUCCGAUGAUACGUGAUGCACAUGGGCGUAAGAUGUCAAAGUCUCUUGGGAAUGUCAUUGACCCGAUUGAAGUAAUAGAUGGGGCAACUCUUGAGGCGCUUCAUAAGAGAUUAGAAAAGGGUAACUUGGAUCAAAGAGAGCUGGUUGUUGCCAUAGAAGGACAAGAGAAAGACUUUCCUAACGGUAUUUCUGAAUGUGGUGCUGAUGCUCUUCGGUUUGCACUCGUCUCUUACACUGCUCAGUCUGACAAAAUAAACUUGGACAUUCUCCGUGUGGUUGGUUACCGUCAGUGGUGUAACAAGCUGUGGAACGCGGUCAGGUUUGCCUUGAUAAGGCUUGGCGAUGGUUACUCCCCUCCGCUGGAUCUAAGCCCCGAAACGAUGCCGUUCAGCUGCCAGUGGAUUCUCUCUGUGCUAAACAAGGCCAUAUCGAAGACGGUGGAGUCGCUGAAUGCAUUUGAGUUCUCGGAUGCAGCCAACACAGUGUAUGCAUGGUGGCAAUAUCAGUUUUGUGAUGUGUUCAUUGAAGCUAUCAAGCCUUAUUUUGUGAACCCUGCUCUGGCUUCAGAGAGAGCUCAUGCACAGCAUGCUCUCUGGGUAUCUCUGGAGACUGGUUUGAGACUGCUUCACCCGUUUAUGCCGUUUAUUACUGAAGAGCUAUGGCAACGUCUGCCUUCACCUAAGGACUCUGAAAGAAAGGCUUCUAUUGUGAUAUGUGACUACCCAUCUGCUACAGAGAAUUGGAAAAAUGAGAAAGUGGAGACUGAAAUGGAAACCGUUAUAGCGAGCGUGAAGUGCUUGAGGGCACUCCGGGCUGAGUUGCUGGAGAAACAGAAAAACGAAAGGUUACCUGGUUUUGCUCUGUGUGAAAACAAUGUAACAUUCGAGAUUGUAAAAUCUCACGAGUUGGAGAUUAGAACUCUUGCAAACCUAUCGUCCUUAGAGGUUCUGUUAAAGGGAGAACACGCAGCUCCAGCUGGUUCUGCUGUUGAGACGGUGAACGAGAACCUCAAGGUGUAUCUCAAAGUGGACAGGGCCAUUAACGCAGAAGCUGAACAAGAAAAGAUCAGAAACAAGAUUGCCGAACUACAAAAACAAAAGGAGAAGCUACAGAUGAUGAUGAGUGCGUCAGGGUACGAAGAGAAGGUCCCUGCGAACAUAAAAGAAGACAACGUCACAAAGCUAGCUAAGAUCCUCCAAGAAUUCGAUUUCUUUGAGAAGGAAAGUGUUCGUCUCGUUGCAGAGACCGGUCAAUUUAGGAAAUGAACAAUUGGAGCAGAAGGUGUGAGAAACACACAGUUUCUGUCUGAAAAAAGACAUAAGAAUAUGAAACAUAUAUUUGAGGUUUUAAAAACUAUAUCUAUGAAAUGAUGUUAUUCUGGAACCGGUAUUGACUUGGUGCACUAGUUUGUACUUAUUUAUUUGAGUUCUUGUGCAUGCA